GCGUUUCUGGCUCAAGCUUCGAGACCAUGGCCAAGAGCGAGCCAAGAGCGAAGCCCACCAAAGCCACGGGCCACCGCGGCACAGUUCUGAAGCGGCCCCAACCGACUGUCACCGCGCGCGCCAGGCCGAUGCCCGUGGUGCCCCGAAUCACAGAUGACCCGUUGCUCGUGGCCAAGUCUCUGAAAGCUUGCAGUGCCCCCAAGGUGCUCAUCAAACUAGUGUUGUUGGUGUGCGCGACGCUCAGGCCGGGCCCGCCCAUCUUCGACCAAGUGGAGUUCAUGGCAGGCAAGCACGAAUGUACAAAGGCCGCGUGGGACACAGGCAAACAGGCAUUUCCGUACGAGAUCUGCACGCCUGCGACAUUUCCGAUUGGGCAGUGGAUCUACAGCGUGUUCAGUUGGUUUAAAGAUAUCGACCGCUGGAGCGUGCCAUUCGUCCCACAGGAGGGCGUGCAAACCUACGCGCAUAAGAACGGCCGCGACGGGCGGCCCACGUGGGAAGGAGGCAGGGAUCUCAAGCGCUCGCAAGCAUACGCCCCUCUUUUUGCAGCCAACGUCCAAAAUCUUUUCGAUCUGCAUCGAGGCGAUCUCAUCACUUGGGCCCAUGACAUCGCCAGUGCGGCGGCAAAGACCAGCAUCUCCCCCGAGGACUGGUCGGGCGGAGAUCUUUGGGACGAC